GUGGUUUUAGAGUGUUUAAAAGUCCUGAUGUCCUGUGAUAGAACAGAUGGUGCACCAUGUCUACAGGGUGGAUAUUCUGCUUGUUUGGGUGUGUAUGUUUUUGUUCAGGGUCUUUUGAAACCCUGGUCAUCUCAAAGGGAAAUGAGCAAUGGGUCAACCAUCCCAGCACGACCAGACUCUUAAAGAAGCGAAGUGUGAGCAGUGCUGAGAUAGAGGUGCAGAGCAUAAAGGUGGACUGCAAGGUGACAUCACGUUUCGCCCACACUGUCAUGACCACUAAAGCUCUCAAUAAGGCCAACAUCUCACAGGAAGUGUCCUUUGAGGUGGAGUUACCCAAGACCUCCUUCAUCACCAACUUCAGCAUGGAGAUUGAUGGCAAGACAUACACAGGUGUGGUGAAGGAAAAAGAGAAGGCCAAGGAGCAGUAUCAGAAGGCUGUGUCAUCUGGCCAGACUGCUGGUUUAGUCAAGGCUUCAGGUCGAAAAAUGGAGACGUUUUCUGUUUCUGUGAAUGUUGCAGCAAACAGCAGUGUGAUAUUUAUUCUCACCCAUGAAGAACUUCUUCGACGAAAUUUUGGCAAAUAUGAGCUCAUGAUCAGAGUCAAACCCAAACAGCUGGUCCAGCACUUUGAGAUUGUAGCAGAUAUUUAUGAGCCUCAGGGAAUUGCAUUUUUGGACGCAUACGGUACAUUCAUCACCAAUGAAUUGUUCCCUCUAGUGGAGAAAACGGUCACUGAAAAAAAGGCCCAUGUGUCCUUCUCUCCAACACUGGAUCAACAGAGGAAAUGCACCGAGUGUGAUGGGACACUCAUCGAUGGAGAUUUCUUCAUUAAGUAUGAUGUCAAGCGUGCUCAUGACAUCGGUGAUAUCCAGAUUGUGAACGGAUACUUUGUGCAUUUUUUUGCACCGGCUAAUCUUCCAAAAGUACCAAAGAUGGUUGUUUUUGUGAUAGACAACAGCUACUCUAUGGUGGGAAAGAAAAUGUCACAGACUAAGGAGGCUCUGGUGACCAUACUUGGCGACCUCCCAGAGGAGGACUACUUUGCCAUCAUCGUAUUUUCAACCACCUUUGUUGUAUGGAAGCCACAUUUAAGCAAAGCAACAAAGGAAAAUAUCAAAGCAGCCCAGGAAUAUGUCAAAACAAUUGAAGUUAUUGGUAGUACUGAAUUGCAUGAUGCUGUCAUCCAUGGUGUGAAGAUGUUGUAUGAAGAGCAGCGUAACAGUACAGCCUCAAAGGACAUGGUACUGAUGAUCAUUUUGCUGACUGAUGGGGAACCAAACAGUUAUCCCAGAACUCUUCCUCAAAUCCAAGAGAGUAUUCGUGACGCCAAUGAUGGGAAUAUCACUCUGUUUAGUUUGGCCUUCGGUAAUGAUGCAAACUAUGGAUUUCUGGAUACUUUGAGCAAGCAGAACAAUGGCCUGGUUCGCAGGAUUUAUGAGGACUCAGAUGCUCCACUUCAGCUAAAGGGAUUUUAUGAAGAAGUGUCCAGUCCUCUACUCUCAGAUGUGCAUUUUCACUAUCCGGACAACACGGUCAACUCGCUGACAAGAAGCCAUUUUAAACAGCUAUACAACGGCUCUGAGAUCAUGGUGGCUGGCCGACUUAAUGACUUAAAUGAAAUAGACAACUUUGCAAUUGAAGUGUUCGCACAAGGAUUCGAAAAUAACUUUGAGCUGAAAGGUCAAGCAAGUACUCAGAAGUGGGAAACCAUAUUUCCUGAUGAAGAGUAUAUCUUUGGGGACUUUACUGAGCGUCUCUGGGCAUAUCUGACCAUCCAGGAGCUCUUGGAUAAGAAAAACAAGGGUACACCAGAGGAGAAAGGAAAUGCCACUGAAGAAGCUCUGAGCCUUUCAUUAAAGUACAAUUUUGUUACACCGCUUACCUCCAUGGUCGUCACUAAACCUGAAGAUGAGACCAAAAAAGGCAUGUUUAUUGCUGACAAACUGACUGAAGAGGAACGAGGAAAAUCUCAAAGAUAUGCUGUUGGAGCCAGCUACCCUGUCAGGACCACAAAUUAUGCUGAUGGAGAUCCACACUUCAUCAUUGAGCUGCCAGAAAAAAAUGAUGCUCUGUGCUUCAACAUUGAUGACAAACCUGGUACCAUCUUCAACCUUGUUAGAGACUCAAUUACAGGAAUUGUGGUCAAUGGCCAAACCAUUGGAGAUAAGAAAGUCAUCCCAGGAACCAAGGUGCAAACCUAUUUUGGCCGCUUUGGGAUUGUUCAUGAGAAGUUUGGUAUCAGAUUGAUGGUAAGCACAAAGGAGAUCUCAGUGUCUGAAAAGGGAAAACAGGCUAAAUUCUUCUGGACUGAUACUGCCACAGUUAAAGGUCCCAACAUGGAUCUGCAGGUGAUCAAAGAUCGCAGUUUAACAGUGACCCUUAGGAACUCAAUCAAGUUUCUUAUUAUCCUGCACAAAGUCUGGCAGAAGCACCCGUAUCAUCAAGACUACCUCGGGUUCUACACCUUGGACAGUCACCUCUUUUCAAGCAAUGUCCAUGGCCUGCUUGGUCAGUUCUACCAUGGAUUGGACUUUGAAGUGAGUGAACCGUUUCCAGGAAAGGAUCCAAACAAGGCAGAUGCUAUAAUGUUUGUGAAGGGACAAGAGCUUGUAGUUACCAGGGGUUUGCAGAAAGAUUUCAGACAGGAUGUGAAGAACGGAGAAAAAGUGCCAUGUUGGUUCAUUCAUAAUAAUGGCACCGGACUGCUUGAUGGAGUUCACACAGACUACAUCGUCUCUGGUCUCUUCAAGACAAUCUAACUAUGAGCCAAAGCCAGACAAAACAAUGACCGACAGCUCUAGUCAAACAGAUAAUAAGAGAAAGAUUAAGACAUGAAAACAUGUCAUCAUCAUCAUCAAAAUGAUCAGUUUAACACGCAUUUUCAAUGUGCGCCACUUAUGCUUUAUUUUCACAUUUGCAUAAUUUCCAACAUUUUGUGGAGAGAUGAUUACAGCAUUGCACUAGAUUUGUAACGAGAAGCAUUUGUAAACUUGAAAGUAUUCAAGUGAAGUAUUAUAAGUAUUGUAAUUUGACUACAUAUUGUCAAAUAAAUAAUACAGUAAUUCUGGAA